UUGGGACGCCUCUUUGAAUUUUGAAAGGUUUUCUCUAUACCCUGAAUCGCGUCGCUUGCUGAGAUAACAGACAGACAGAGAGAUGUGUCCUCGAGCUGCUCCGACAUGCGAAAUAUGCGAGAAAGUUGUAUCCAAGUACAAGUGUCCCUCUUGUCUUGUUCCUUACUGUUCCUUGGGUUGUUUCAAGAAGCACAAAGAGACUCCAUGUGCUAAACCUUCUGCAGCCGAGGAGAAGCCAGCUUCUCCAGCAAAGGAAGUCUCGGUAGUGGAAACAAAAGAUGUCGUAGUAAAGACAGAGCACAAGCCUGGUGCUUCAUCUGCAGCAAAGGAAGUUCCGGUGGCGAGACCAAUAACUGUGGAGGAAGAAAAGUAUGUUGUAGAGAAGACACAGCUCGAGGCUAUCGCUUCUUCUAGUGAAAUCAAAGAAGCUCUAAAGGAUGAAGCCCUUCAGAAACUCAUCUCCACUAUCGAUAGUUCCUCCAACCCUCUGCAGGAACUGGAUGAAGCAAUGGGAGUAGAAGCUUUCCGCGUGCUCACAGAAAAGAUUCUAUCAAACAUUUCCAAGAGUAGUGACAAGCAAUGAUCCUAGUCGCAGCAUCCAAACAAAAGUUCUAGUAGCACUCUAGAUUAUUGUUUUCGUUACAAAAGUUGUAGUUGCAGGAGAGAAAUAUUCAUUGGCCUAAAGCAAAAAAAAACAACGCAAACGCAUACAUCUCUUCGCCGACUUAUCUAACCGACUAUGUUAUUUUACAUAUUAUCCCUCGGGUUGCAUCUUCAACUUUGUGCAUUUGCUUGGAGAACUGA